AUGGUGUUGGAGGUAUCUAUGCCAGAAGAAGUAUUCACCAGAACGGGUUCCAACGCUACAAAACGUUGGCAACAUAUGUUUAAUCUCGUACGCCCACAAAAAGACCGUGCCGCCAGGUGGCUUACAACAUUAUCAACCAUCAAUGAUCGCCCAAAAGACAAACAAUUUAUGUAUUUCUUGAAGAUUGCUAGCUCAUCUUUCAUCCCUUUCCAGGUUCAACUUGAUCAUGCACUAUCAUUGCCCGUAAGAGAUGGUUCGAUUGAAGCAUCUACCGCAAAAUACAUUGUACAACAAUACAUAGCAGCAACAGGAGGGCUUGCUGCACUAGACUCCGUGAGCAGCAUGUACACAGUGGGUGAGGUCAACAUGGUACAAGGUCAAAUCCAUAGCCAUGAUCAAGAGAACACAACCAUCACAGAUGGCUCUGAGUCGGGGGCGUUCAUGUUGUGGCAAAAGAGUCCGAACCUAUGGUACCUGGAGCUGGUUGUCUCGGGUUGCAAAGUGAGUGCUGGAAGUGAUGGCACCGUGAAUUGGAGCCAGUCUUCUUUGAACCCUUCUCAGUCUUCCAAAGGACCUCCAAGACCUCUUCGCCGUUUCUUCCAGGGAUUAGAUCCCAGGUCGACGGCCAACCUGUUCUUAUAUGCCAUUUGCAUCGGGGAGAAGGUGAUUCAGAAUGAAGAUUGUUUCAUACUUAAGCUUGACACAAGCCAAGACAUACUCAAAGAACAAAGUAAAGCUAACAUGGAGACUGUUCACCACAUUAUACAGGGCUAUUUUAGUCAAAGGACAGGCCUCCUAAUUCAAUUCGAAGACACUAAAUUGGUCAAAAUCAAGUCAACAAAAAAGGGUUGCAAUCAAUUUGUCUAUUAUGAAACGAGUAUGGAAUCAUCUCUAGAAGAUUACCGAUACAUAGAUGGAGUGACCAUCGCACAUUAUGGAAAAACAAUUACAUCUAUAUACAGGUCUGGUCAAGGGGCAAGUGGGAGAUGGAAGGUUGAGGAGACUUGCACAAUUAAAGAGGCCGAGCUAAACAUAUGCGGUUUGACAACAGAUACUUUCUUGCCUCCUCCUGAUGUCAAAAUUGAAGAGCAAGGGGUUGGUUGCUAG